GAGCAUAGUUAUCGAGAUGCCUUCAUUUUCAAAUGGGGUCGAUUUGGAAAUGCAUACAUCGACUCCUGCGACUCAAGCCUCAAAAACUCCACGUAGAGGCAGUAGGAGAAGACGUGUGGAAGAUGUGAGCGAUACCCUAAACGCAUUUUUAGAAAUUGCGCAAACACAAGCGAAUGCUUUAAAAAUGUUAGCAGAGUCGAGUGCAGCAUCCACCCAAAUUGCAAGCAGGCAAGCUGAUGCCUUGCAGUUGUUAGCUGAAAGCAAUGCGGCGACCACGCAGGCAUUGGCAGAUGCUAUGACCACAAUGGGGGAAGGAUUGAAAAGUUGUGCAGCUGCCUUCAACAAUUUAGCCGACGCAAUUAGCCGUAUGUAAAUAUAUUAUAUUAUAGAGUUUAAAGUUAUUUUUUUUAGAUUAGAGUUAAUUUAAACAUAGUACAAGAAGUUCUUUUUUUUAUUUAUAUUAUUCAUUUAAGUUUUUAUUUGAAAAAAAAAAUAAGUUUUGGAGAGUAUUU